AUGGAUGAACAGGGCACUAAAAUACAAGCAAAUGUCCUACAAAAAAGGGUUCCUAAGUUCAGUAACUUACUUCAGGAAGGGGCUGCAGUUUUCAUUAAGAAUCUUAAAGUUGCUCGACAUGCAACGAAGUACAAGUUAAUCGAUAAUAAAAACAAGUUAAAUUUGUAUUACAAGUCUUCUGUAUCAGAUUGCCGGGAUUUUAAGGGUUCCAUUUUUGGUUUAUCAAUUGUGAAAUUUGCAAAUCUUAUAUGCAAAAGUAUCCUAGAACAUACAGCAGUUGAUAUAAUUGGUGAAGUUAUUGCUUGUGAGACAAUGGUGACUCUUCCAGAUAACAAUUUAGAAUCAGAAGAGAAGUUGUAUGACAGAAGGCUUGGGAAAGAAGUUGAUGGAAAGCGGCUUUUUGAAUGUUGGUCUGAUGCCGAUCAGGAAGGAAAAGGAUCGGCUAUAAAAACAUUAAAGAUUCCUAAAGUUGAAAAAUUAAUGGAUGUUAACAAUAUUACAUUCCUUGAAGAUCUUGACAUACAGAAGGAUGAUUUCACUGUCAAGGUCCAAAUUGUUAGACUGUGGAAGCAACCGGUGUUUAAAAACCCGGAUGAAAUAUAUUCCAUUGAAAUGAUAUUAAUGGAUGAACAGGAAGGAGCUGCAGUUUUCAUUAAGAAUCCUACAAUUGCUCGACUUGCAACGAAGUAUAAGUUAAUUGAUAAUACAAACAAGUUAAGUUUGUAUUAUAAGACUUCUGUGUCGAAUUCCCAGGAUUUUAAGGGUUCCAUUUUUGGUUUCUCAUUUGUGAAAUUUACAAAUCUUAUAUCCAAAAGUAUCCCAGAACUUGCAGCAGUUGAUGUAAUUGGUGAAGUUAUUGCUUGUGAGACAAUGGUGACUCUUCCAAAUAACAAUGGAAAAGCCAAAAGACGAAUGCAGGUUGAGAUGCAGGAUUUGGAGCAAGUGGGGAUUAAAAUGCAAGUGACAUUGUGGGAUGCAUUCGCUCAUGAAUUGAAUGAUUAUGUUUCUACUAACAAGGACAAGGGGAUUGUUAUUCUUGUUAUUCAGUUUGCAAUGGUCAAAAUUUACAGAGAAAGACCAUUUCUUUCGAACUCAUUCAAUGGUACGAGGUUGUUCAUAAAUUCGCACAUUGAUGAAAUCAAGGAAUUUAAGAAAAGAUUUUUAGACAGAACCAGUAGAGCAAACAUUGUUGAAAUCAGCGAGACUGUUGAGGCGAAAUCACUAAUUGUAUUAGGAACGGUGAAAGCAUUUAGGAAGGAUGUCCCUUGGUUUUACAUGGGUUGCAUGAGGUGUAACCGCAAGGUUCGACCCAUGUACACUAUAACUGACAAGGAUGAUUGA